UUCCUAAUCUGGACUAACUGCCAACCAUAUCAAAGGCCAACACGAAUUGUUGUUUUACCUCAGCAGUUUUGCAAUCUGCUCAUUGAAAAGGCAUCUGCGUAUUUGUCUUCUGACUUACUGCGAGAAGACCCUGAAGAAGGUAUACACAUGGUGAAGAUGGUGAUAAAAGUUUUCAGAUGUUUCAAAGAGAAUUACCAGAGCCAGUGGGAGAAAUUGGCAACCUAUCCAAAACAUGCUCGCUGGGAUUUCCCAUCUGUCAUGAUUUUCACAAAUUACAACAACUUUCUUAACCGCAUGCUACAACUGGAGGAUAUCUUUGAAAUUUUGCUAGAAUACAGGCGGAUGGAAAAACUCGAAUUUGGUGGGCCCAAAGGCAAGCUCUACAGUGAGCAUUCUGCCCAGAUGUACUCAGAGUUCAGUGAUCAUUGCCUGUCAUUGAUAAAUGUUGAUCACAGCCCUCUUGACUGCUACUCCCAGGAAUUUGAGAAGGAGUAUACCAAUUUCAAAGUGAAGAUUGUGGACUUUGAAUAUCGAUUUGCCAACCUGCUGUCCUCAGCCUUUAAGGAUUGUACAGAAUUAGAAUCAAUGUUUAAACUGUUAACAAUUUUUGGACCAUUUCUUGAGAGAAAACACGUACGCCAAGUAUUCACUCCCAACAUACCCCUGCUGCUGCAACAAUUCCAUGACGAACUGGGCAAAUGUAAAUCACUCUUUCGUUCACAACUGAAUGAGUUGGAAAGUUGUUUGGGAAAAAACAUGGCCCCUGUGUCUGGAGUGUUAAAAUGGGCAAAAAUGAUCAGAGAACGCAUUGAAGCACCAUGGGAAAAAAUUAAACUUCAGUUUGACAGCACUGCAGGAGAUAUGGAUAUCACAAAAGAGCUUGGCUUAUACAAGGAGAUGAUUAGUCUUCUAGAUGAAAGCGAGGCAGAUGCUCACUCUAAAUGGCGUGAAGGUUUGGAGCAGACUUGCCAGAUGAAUCUGGAACAACCACUCAUAUUAAGAAACUCUUCAAAUGACCUCAUCUCAGUAAAUUUCAACCCCAAGCUGUCUGAAGUAUUGAAAGAUGUGAAGUAUAUUCAAACACUUAACAUUAACAUCCCUGUGGCAGCAAUGACUGUUUUUGAGAAACGUGACAUCUUCACAAAGUAUUUAAGCAGUCUACAGCUUGUAGUGCAGUGGUACAACAAACUCAAAACGACUGUUCUUGAAGUUGAACUCCCACUCAUCAGAGAUGAACUGGCUUCAGUAGACAAACUACUUAAAAGAGCUGAGACCGACGUGACAUGGCAAGAUCAGGACUGCUGGAGCUUCAUAAGCACUACCAAGAAACAGGUCCAAGACCUUGCUGACAGAGCCAGUAGGGCAAAGGAGAACCGUGAUGCCAUGCAAUCAAUGAUGAAAAAAUGGAGCAAACACACUAUGUUUUGCAGAAAGGACAACAAGAAAAGCUCAUUGUUGCAGCUUGAGGACAGGAGAGACCGUGUUAGCAAGAUAUAUGGCUCCAUAAAACAGGAUGGAGACUCCAUCCACAAAUUGGUGCAGGAAAACAUGACACUCUUCAAUGCAGACCUCGCUUCAGAUGUUUGGCAGUCCUAUUUGGACUAUGUGGAUGAGAUGGUCAUUGAGGGGCUGUUUGUCUACAUCAGCCACUCACUCCAGUUCUUUCUGGAUAACAUGGAGUCAUAUCCCAAGCAAGCCCCUCUCUUUGAAGCUCAGUUGAUGCUUACAGACUUAGGGAUGAUCUUCCUUCCAUCACUGGAGAAUGAUGCAGGAGAUGGCUUCUAUGAGCUGUUAGAAGGACUGGUUGGAGAUAUAUUCAGGGUAUCCGUGAAUAUCAGCAGGUUGGCUUCUGAUUUUAGCGUGGACAGCUAUCAGGAUGUAAUGGAAGACAUGCUUGAUUUGUUGGAUUUACGGAAGGAAGUGAUGGAGAGAGUGGAAAAUGUUCUCAAAAAAGCCAUAUCUUACCAGCGACAGUUUGAUUGCUACACACAUUUGUGGCAAGAUGACCGGGAUGAGUUUCUCAGUCAGUUCCUCUUAUAUGCACGAGCACUAACACCUGAAGAGUUGGAGGCUCAUAGAGCUGAUACUCUGCUGGAAAGCCCUCCCACGGUGGAUCACUUUAAAGAGCAGAUUGACUACUACGAAGAUCUGCACUCUGAAACAUGCAAACUAGAGGACUACACAGUAUUUGAUGGGUGGUUUCGGGUGGAUAUUAAGCACUUCAAAGUCAGCCUCCUGAACAUUAUUAAGAAAUGGAGUUGGCUUUUUAAGGAACACCUCUUGACAUAUGUGACGAACAGUCUUGAUGACCUCCAAGGAUUUGUUCAUACUACUGUUGAAGGGCUUGCUAAGUGUGUGCCUAAAGGAGACUACCACAGUCUGGUGGAAGUCAUGAGUCAUCUCCUGGCUAUUAGAGACAGACAAGCUGUCACCGACAAGAUGUUUGACCCUCUAAGGGACACAGUAACCCUCCUGGAACGUCAUGGAGUGGCCAUUCCAGACAAGGUCUAUGUUCAGCUCAAGGAACUCCCUGAAAAAUGGAAUUCAGCUAAAAAAUUGUCCUUAAAAGUGAGGCAUGAGGUGGCCCCCAUGCAAAAUGAAGAAGUUAUGGUUUUACGAAGACGCUGCCUGGAGUUUGAGGUGAAACAAAGUAAAUUCCGAGAAAUCUUCAAAGCAACUGCACCUUUCAGUUACAAAACAUCUCAGCCCUAUAUUUGUUUAGAAAAAUCUGAAAAAGCAAUCCAUGACAUGGAAAAAGAAUUGUCAACAUUGCAGGAAUCAACAAACUUAUUUGACGUCACCAUUCCUGACUAUAAAGACAUCAAGCUCUGCAAACGAGAGGUCAUUGUUCUCAAAGAACUAUGGGACAUUGUCAUAUUUGUGCAUACCAAUGUGGAACACUGGACAAAGAGCAAAUGGAGGCAGAUAAAUGUUGAACAGAUGGAUGUCGAAUUGAGGGGGUUUGCUAAGGAUAUGCGGAAGCUUGACAAAGAAGCUCGUGCGUGGGAUGUUUAUUCUGGUUUAGACCUUUUUGUGAAGACCCUGUUAACAUCACUGCGAGUUGUGAGUCAGCUUCAGAACCUUGCAAUACGAGAACGUCACUGGGUCCAACUAAUAAGGACGAUGCAGAUGAACUUCACUAUGACUGAUUGUACCACCCUGGCAGACCUAUUAGCUCUGCAGCUACAUCUUUAUGAAGAAGAAGUCCGCAGCACAGUGGAUAAGGCAGCAAAAGAAAUGGCCAUUGAGAAGGUUGUGACAGAAAUUGGUAAAAUAUGGACAUCAAUGGAGCUUUCAUAUGAAUAUCAUUACCAAAGCUCUGUACCCCUUCUUAAAUGUGAUGCAGAGCUCAUUGAGACGCUUGAAGAUCAUCAGGUUCAACUUCAAGGCAUCUUUCAAAGCAAGUACAUAGACCACUUUCUUGCCCAAGUUGUAGAACUUCAGACACAACUAACAGUGGCUGACUCUGUGCUGAUGGUCUGGAUGGAGGUACAGAAGACAUGGGCAUACUUAGAAAGCAUCUUCAAAGGUUGUGAUGAUAUCUGCCAGCAACUACCAACGGAUGCACAAAGAUUCCAAAUGAUAGAUGCUGAAUUUCAGGAACUAAUGUUGGACAGUGUAAAAACAAAACAUGUAAUUGAAGCCACCAAUAAGCCCAAACUAUUUGAAAAGUUUGUCGAGCUUCAGAAAAGGCUGGUGUUAUGUGAAAAGUCUCUUGCGGAAUACCUGGAAACCAAGAGACUUGCAUUUCCCAGAUUCUACUUUAUAUCAUCUGCAGACCUGUUGGAUAUUCUCUCAAAAGGAAGGCGCCCCAAAUAUGUAACAUGCCACCUCUUGAAACUAUUUGACAGUGUGUCGGAUCUGGAAUUCUCUACAAAUAAUUUUAAAAUUGCCGUUGGCAUGUACAGCAAAGAAAGGGAAUAUGUACCAUUCCAGAAGGAAUGUUACUGUAAUGGACCGGUGGAGGUGUGGCUUGCCUGUCUAGAGGAGUCCAUGAGGACAAGUAUUAGGACUCACCUGUCAGAGGCUGUUUCUGUGUAUGAGGAACGGCCCAGAGAGCAGUGGAUUCUUGAUUUCCCAGCCCAAGUUGCUCUAACUGCAUCACAGAUAUGGUGGAGUAACGACGUGGAACUUGUGUUUAAAAGACUGGAAGAAGGAUUUGAGUCUGCAUUAAAAGACUAUAACAAGAAACAGGUUGCUCAACUAAACGUGUUGAUUAACAUGUUGUUGAAUGAGCUGAGUCAAGAAAACAGACAGAAAAUCAUGACCAUUUGCACCAUUGAUGUUCAUGCGAGAGAUGUUGUUUCUAGGUUGAUCGCGCAAAAGGUCACCAACUCGCAGGCCUUCCACUGGCUUUCCCAUCUUCGACACUGCUGGAAUGAGCAGCAGCAGCACUGUUUCAUAAACAUCUGCGAUGCCCAAUUCCCAUACCUGUAUGAGUAUCUUGGAAAUACACCACGUCUUGUCAUCACUCCCCUCACAGACCGCUGUUACAUAACUUUGACUCAGUCACUGCAUCUAAACAUGAGUGGAGCACCAGCAGGUCCUGCUGGAACUGGCAAAACGGAGACCACAAAGGAUCUUGGCCGAGCAAUGGGAAUUAUGGUUUACAUCUUUAACUGUUCAGAGCAGAUGGACUACAGGUCAACUGGAAAUAUCUACAAGGGAUUGGCCCAGACUGGAGCAUGGGGCUGCUUUGAUGAAUUCAAUCGCAUACCCAUCCAAGUUUUGUCUGUUGUUGCGGUGCAGGUGAAAACGAUCCAGGAUGCUAUCCGAUCUAAAAAGAAAAGGUUUCUAUUCCUGAAUACCGAAAUUCUCUUAAGGCCCUCAGUGGGGAUCUUUAUCACUAUGAAUCCAGGUUAUGCGGGAAGGGCAGAACUACCCGAGAACCUCAAGGCUUUAUUCAGACCCUGUGCAAUGGUAGUACCAGACAUUGAGCUCAUUUGUGAGAUCAUGUUAGUGGCAGAGGGCUUCUGUGCUGCCAAGCUUCUCGCCAGGAGAUUUACAUCUCUUUACUCUCUGUGUAAAGAACUACUUUCCAAGCAGGACCACUAUGAUUGGGGUUUACGAGCCGUCAAGUCUGUUUUAGUCGUGGCUGGUUCGCUUAGAAGAAGAGACAAAACAACACCGGAGGAUCAGGUGUUGAUGCGUGCACUGAGGGACUUCAACAUGCCAAAAAUUGUGACAGAUGAUGUCACCAUCUUCCUUGGAUUGCUUCAAGAUCUCUUUCCAGGCUUAGAAGUAGAGAGAGAAAGAGACUGGGACUUUGAAAAUGAAGUCAGAAAUACAACGGUUUCUCUCCGACUCCAGCCAGAGGAAGCAUUCAUCCUCAAGGUAAUGCAACUAGUGGAGCUCAUGGCUGUACGUCAUUCUGUCUUUGUUAUUGGAAAUGCUGGAACUGGAAAAAGCUCGAUAUUGAGGGUUCUCUAUAAAACCUAUGCUAACCUGAAGAGGAAGCCUGUCUGGAAUGACCUGAAUCCAAAAGCAGUCGACAGAGAUGAAUUGUUUGGAUUCAUCCAUCCUGCAACUCGAGAGUGGAAAGACGGCAAGAAUAUUUUAUUUACUGUAACAUGUUUGCUUUCAUCACUGAUGCGAGAGCAAGCAAACAUGUCCCACCUAGGUCCUAAGUGGAUUGUGUUGGAUGGAGACAUUGAUCCGAUGUGGAUUGAAUCACUCAACACAGUGAUGGAUGACAACAAGGUCCUGACUCUGGCAAGCAAUGAGCGGGUACCACUCACCUUAUCCAUGAGACUUGUGUUUGAAAUCAGCCACCUGAGAACAGCUACUCCUGCCACGGUGUCCAGAGCAGGAAUCCUCUACAUCAACCAGCAAGACCUGGGUUGGAAUCCAUAUGUCAUUAGUUGGAUUGAUCAACGAGAACGGCAAACAGAAAGGGCACACUUAACCAUACUGUUUGAAAAAUAUGUCCCACGUUGUCUUGAGAAGAUGAGAAAUACCUUCAAGACAAUUACUCCAAUUCCUGAUAACACUCUGGUGCAGACACUCUGCACUUUGCUCGACUGCCUUCUAACUACAGAAAACAUUCCAUCCGACUCUCCAAGGGAGCUUUAUGAGACUUACUUUAUUUUUGCCUGCAUCUGGGCUUUUGGAGGGGCCUUGUGUCAAGACCAGGUCUUUGAUUACCGGGCAGAGUUCAGUAAGUGGUGGACUAAAGAAAUGAAGACAGUGAAACUUCCAGCACAAGGAACAGUGUUUGACUUCUAUAUUGAUGCUCAAACCAAGCGCUUUCUUCCUUGGAGUGACCUUGUCCCUCCCUUUGAAAUGGAAACCGGCACACCUUUACAAGCUGUUCUUGUACACACAGCAGAGAGCCUGCGUCUUCACUACUUCAUGGACUUGUUGCUGGAGUGUAGAAAGCCGCUAAUGCUUGUGGGGAAUGCUGGAGUGGGAAAAACUGCACUUGUCAGAAAUAAGUUAGGCGGUCUGCCAGAGAGUUACACGACUAUAAAAGUACCCUUCAACUACUACAUAACCUCCUUGGCGCUGCAGGAGACCCUAGAACGUCAUUUAGAGAAAAAAGCAGGCAGAAGCUACUCGCCCGCAGGCAGCAAAAGGCUGGUCUACUUCAUCGAUGAUAUGAACAUGCCAGCUGUUGACGCAUAUGGAACAGUGCAGCCUCACACACUCAUAAGACAACAUCUGGAUUAUGGGCACUGGUACGACAGACAGAAGUUGUCCUUAAAAGAAAUACAUAAUACACAAUAUGUUGCUUGUAUGAACCCAACCACUGGGAGUUUCAACAUUAAUCCAAGACUACAGAGACAUUUCACCGUAUUUGCGGUCAACUUUCCUUCAUCUGAGGCGCUGAUGUCCAUCUUUGGGCAGAUCUUGGGCUGCCACAUCACACAGCAGAACUUUAGUUUGUCGGUUCAGAAGAGCAUUGCAGCUGUAGUGCAGGCUGCCGUAAUACUCCAUCACAAAAUGGAUCUCAACUUUCUGCCAACAGCCAUCAAAUUUCAUUAUACAUUCAACAUGCGAGACAUGUCUAACAUCUUCCAGGGGAUCAUUUUUGCUGAGCCGGAGAAUGUGGGAAACAGCACUGAUAUGGCUCUGUUAUGGCUCCAUGAGUCCUGCAGAGUCUACUCUGACAGGCUAUUAGAUGUCAAAGACCAACAGCUCUUUAGGAAGCUGCAGAUGGAGACUGUACAUCUAUGCUUUGAGGGAAUUGAGGAUGAAAAGGUGACAAAGCAACCUCUUCUAUUUUGCCACUUUGCCCAAAAGGCCAAGGAAUCCUCUUAUACUGUUGUCACAGACUGGUCUGUGCUCAGGACUUCCCUCAUUGAUGCCCUGGAGAGUUACAAUGAACUCAAUCCAACCAUGAAUCUUGUGCUGUUUGAGGACGCAAUGCAACAUGUCUGUCGCAUCAGUCGUAUCCUGGAGUCGCCUGGCAGUCACGGCUUACUGAUCGGGGUUGGGGGUAGUGGGAAGCAGAGCCUGACUCGUCUGGCUGCCUACAUUUCCUCUGUGGAAGUGUUCCAAAUUACUUUACACAAAGGUUAUAGCAUCCAGGACCUCAAGAUGGAUCUAGCGGGUUUGUUUCUUAAGACCGGCGUGAAGAAUCAACGUGUAGCUCUUCUUGUGACUGAUGCACAAAUACCCGAUGAGCGCUUUCUAGUCAUUGUUAAUGACUUACUGUCAUCAGGAGAAAUUCCUGAAAUCUUCAGUGAGGAGGAAAUUGAAGGCAUUGUGUCCGCUGUAAGAGCUGAGGUCCGAGCGCUUGGUCAGCUUGACACCAAAGAGAACUGCUGGGCGUUCUUUACCGAAAGAGUCCAACUUCAACUGACGGUGGUAUUGUGUUUGUCACCAGUUGGAAGUGAGCUCCGACUAAGGGCCUGUCGAUUCCCUGCCCUCAUCCAGUGCACGACCAUUGACUGGUUCCAUCCGUGGAGCUCAGAAGCUUUGCAGUCAGUCAGCCAUAGAUUCAUCCAAGAGAUUAAUGAAAUUGAGCCUGCUGUCCAGGAAUCCAUCAGUCUUUUCAUGGCCUACGUUCACACCAGUGUCAACCAAGCAAGUGAAAAAUACCAGCGCAAUGAGAAGAGGCACAAUUACACCACCCCCAAGAGCUUUCUCCAGCAAAUCACUAUGUACAGGAACCUUCUGCAAAAGUCCCGGGCCCAGCUCCAGCACAAGAUGAACCGGCUUGACAGUGGCCUUCAAAAGCUGCAUAGCACUGCUGCUCAGGUUGAGGAUCUGAAAGCUAAACUGGCAGACCAAGAAUCUGAUUUGACAUUGAAGAAUCAGGAUAUUGAGGCUCUUAUUACCAAGAUUGGACUUCAGACUGAGAGGGUCAGCAGCAAAAAAGAGGCAGCAGAUGUUGAGGAACAAAAGGUCUCUCUCAUCCAGGCAGAAGUGUUAGUCAAACAAAAGGAUUGUGAAACAGAUCUAGCAAAAGCGGAGCCUUUACUCACAGCUGCCACUGCAGCACUGAACACCCUCAACAAGGUAAAUCUUACUGAACUGAAGGCCUUCCCCAACCCUCCCCCAGCAGUCAUCAAUGUAGCGGCAGCCGUGAUGGUUCUACUGGCUCCACGCGGUCGGGUUCCUAAAGAUCGGAGUUGGAAAGCAGCACGGGCCUUCAUGGGCAAGGUGGAUGAUUUUCUGCAAGCUCUAAUAUCAUAUGACAAGGAGCACAUCCACGAGUCCUGUUUGAAUGUGGUCAAACAGCAUUAUCUUAAAAAGGCCGAUUUUCACCCUGAUCAAGUUAGGACCAAGUCUACCGCUGCAGCAGGACUUUGUGCUUGGACAAUUAACAUUGUUCGAUACUACGAGAUUUAUUGCGAAGUCAUUCCAAAAAGGCAAGCUUUAUCCCUUGCUAAUACUGAGCUAGAAACAGCAACAGCUAAACUGAUGGCCAUUCGUAGCAAGUUGUUAGAUUUUGAUGCUAACCUUCAGAAUCUUACAACUCAGUUUGAGAGAGCUACAGCUGAAAAAAUGAGCUGUCAACAGGAUGUAACCCGCACCAACCAGACCAUAGAGCUGGCUAACCGAUUGGUCAGAGGCUUAGAGUCAGAGAAGGAACGUUGGUUACAGACACUUGUUCAGUAUGAGAAGCAACAGAAAACCCUGUGUGGUGAUGUGGCCAUCACUUCAGCGUUUGUCUCUUACAUGGGAUACUUUACUAAGCAGUAUCGCACAGAACUACUCGUUGAAAAAUGGAUCCCUUUCCUCAAAUUUCAGAAGGUCUCUGUACCCAUGACAGACGGCCUGGAUCCCAUCCUCAUGCUUACAGAUGAUGUCACCGUGGCUGCUUGGCAUAACCAGGGCUUGCCGAAUGAUAGGAUGUCAACUGAAAACGCUGCCAUCCUGACCACCAGUGAGCGCUGGCCACUCAUGGUUGACCCACAGCGGCAGGGCAUCAAGUGGAUACGAAGCCAGCAAGGCUCCAAGCUGAAGGUGGUGCAACAGGGGCAAAAAGGGUACCUUGAUGUAAUAGAAGAGGCACUCGCCUGUGGUGAAACAGUUCUAAUUGAGAAUGUACUGGAAAAGAUUGACCCAGUCUUGGAGCCUCUCCUUGGCAAAAACACCAUCAAAAGGGGAAGGUGUAUUCAGAUUGGGGGCAAGGAGUGUGAAUACAACAGUAAUUUCCGUCUUAUUCUGCACACCAAACUGGCCAAUCCCCAUUUCCCUCCUGAGCUCCAGGCUCAAACAACCCUCAUCAACUUUAUGGUGACCCCAGCUGGUCUGGAGGAGCAGCUGCUGGGACAAGUAGUAUCCCAGGAAAGGCCUGACCUUGAAGACCUGAAAAUGGAGCUGACCAGGCAACAGAACCACUUUAAGAUUGAACUUAAAAGGUUGGAGGAUGACCUGCUCAGUCGCCUCUCUUCAGCCUGUGGUAAUUUCCUGGGUGAUAUUUCUCUGGUAGAGCAACUUGAGAACACCAAGACCACAGCUGCCCACAUUCAAGACAAAGUGGUGGAGGCCCGAGAGAAUGAGACAAAGAUCAACGAGGCUCGUGAAAUAUACCGCCCUGCUGCUGAAAGAGCAUCACUCCUCUUCUUCAUCAUCAAUGACCUCAACAAAAUUAACCCCAUGUACCAGUUUUCUCUCAAGAGCUUUAUUUCAGUGUUUAGCAAAGCACUGGAGUUUGCAGAAUGUGAGGGGGAUGUAAGCAGCAGAGUGGAUGCUCUCACCGAGGCGAUCACCUAUUCUGUAUUCCUGUACACUAGCCAGGGCCUGUUUGAGAGAGACAAGUUAACCUUCUUGUCACACACUGCCUUCCAGAUCCAGCUUAUGCAGAACCUAAUCGAUGCACAGGAAUUUGACUUUCUUCUGCGUUUCCCAGUGGAAGCUAGCAAAAUUAGCCCGGUAUCCUUUCUUUCACCGCAUGCCUGGGGAGCCAUUAAGACUAUUUCUUCAAUGGAGGAAUUCAAUGGACUGGACCGAGACAUUGAAAGUUCACACAAACGCUGGAGAAAGAUUGUUGAAUCUAGUUUUCCUGAAAAGGAAAGACUUCCACAGGAUUGGAAAAAUAAAAGCUGCAUUCAGAAGCUUAUCAUCCUGAGAGCUCUUCGCCCAGACAGGCUGAUUUACACCCUUAGGAAUUUUGUGGGGGACUGCAUGGGAACCAAAUAUCUUGAGACUGCAAGGUUGGAAUUUGCCAAGUUUUACGAAAGUAGCAGCCCCUCAACACCUGUGUUUUUUAUCCUCUCUCCCGGUGUCGAUCCACUGAAGGAUGUAGAGAAACUUGGGUUAAGACUGGGAUUGUCCAUUGAAUUGGGCAAUUUGCACAAUGUUUCAUUGGGACAGGGACAGGAAGCCGUAGCUGAACAUGUGCUCAGGAAUUCCUCUAAACUUGGACACUGGGUCAUUCUGCAGAAUGUUCACUUGGUGGCUCACUGGCUCCCUGUUCUUGAAGCAUUACUCGAGAGUGUGGCCAUAGAUAGCCACCCAAGCUACAGAGUGUUCAUCACUGGAGAACCAGCACCCAGCCCUGAGCAACACGCAAUCCCCAGAGGCAUUCUUGAGAAUGCCAUCAAAAUCACCAAUGAGCCACCCACUGGCAUGAAUCCAAGUUUACAUGCAGCACUCAAUAACUUUACUCAAGACACAUUGGACAUGUGCUCUCGUGAACAGGAGUUCAAUGCCAUGUUCUUCUCCCUCUGCUUUUUCCAUGCUUGUGUCACAGAGCGCCGAAAGUUUGGCCCUCAAGGGUGGAACCACAAGUAUCCCUUUAGCACUGGUGACCUAACCAUUUCAGCUAAUGUUUUGUACAACUACUUAGAGUCAAACACCAAGGUGCCAUGGGAGGAUCUUUGCUAUCUCUUUGGUGAGAUCAUGUACGGUGGACACAUUACAAAUAACUGGGACAGAAGGCUAUGCAACACCUACCUGCAGGAGUUUAUGCAUCCCAAAUUGUUUGAAGCAGAACUCUAUCUGUGUCCUGGCUUCCUGGCCCCUCCAUUCAUGGACUACAGUGGUUACCAUGCUUAUAUUGAUGAAAAUCUUCCACCUGAGAGCCCCACUCUGUAUGGCCUGCAUCCAAAUGCAGAGCUCGAGUGCCUCACUCUCACCUCAGAAAACCUCUUAAAGACUCUGCUUGACCUGCAGCCACAGGACUUCUCCAGAGGAGAGGGGGAAGUAUCAAUCGCAGAGGAGAAGGUCAAGUCUAUCAUUGAAGACCUCCUUGACCAGCUUCCUGAGCAGUAUAAUGUAGCAGAGAUGGUAGUAAAGGCAACAGAACGAAGCCCGUACAUUUCAGUCUGUUUGCAAGAAUGUGAGCGCAUGAACCUUCUACUGGUGGAAAUGAGGAAGUCUCUUAAUGAAAUGGAACUUGGCCUGAAGGGAGAACUCACCAUCUCUUCCAGUAUGGAGAUGUUUCAGUCGGCCUUGUUCAGUGACUCUGUACCAGAGUCCUGGGCUAGAUUGGCUUACCCCUCCACCAAAACACUUACGCAGUGGUUCAAUGAUAUCAAGUGUAGCUGUCGUGCUCUGGACAGCUGGACACAGGACUUUGUUCAACCUGCUGUUGUUUGGCUCUCAGGCCUCUUCAACCCACAAUCUUUCCUUACUGCUAUUCUGCAGAGCAUUGCUCGUAAAAAUCAGUGGCCACUGGACAAGAUGACUUUGACUGCUGAUGUGACAAAGAAGACAAAAGAUGAUUUUGGGCAUCCACCACGGGAGGGGGCAUACAUCCACGGCCUUUUCAUGGAAGGAGCGCGUUGGGACAUUCAAUCGGGAGUCAUCGCCGAAGCAGUUUUGAGGGAUCUGACUCCUCCCAUGCCUGUUCUGUAUAUACGAGCCAUACUGGCGGAAGAGCAGGAGCUGAAAAACACAUACGAGUGUCCCGUGUACCGUACUAAAAAUCGUGGAUCCACAUACAUUUGGACAUUUUACCUCCGAAACAAACAGCCUCCCGCUAAGUGGAUUGUAGCUGGUGCGGCCCUGUUGCUUUCAAUUUGACACCCAAUGGACCACAAAUAGUAUUAUUUCUGCUAAUAGUAUUAUUAUGCCAUAUUUUGCAUAACAUGUUGAAAGCAAUUUAAAGCAACACUAGGUAAAUUUUCAACCUUUAUAAAAUAUGUUCAUAACAUUUGUGAUGAUAUGUCAACUGAAAACUAGUUGAAUGACACCUCUUUUAUAUCUUCAGGUGGUCUGUAUUGCUUUCAGCGGCUCUAAUUAACUUUGAGGAGGGUGGUAGAAACCCUGCCACACAAAAAAACUACAAAUGUGUUGACUGCUUUACAGCAUACGUCACUUCCCCUUUUCCCCAGUCGUUAUAAAGAUGGAAGUCAAUGCAAACGCUUUCGCAUGAAUUCUGCAAAAAUGGCAGAGCAACAAAAUAGACAAAAGUUUUGUCUGAGGAGAGAAAAAGAGGGAGGUUCCUAGGAUAUACAGAAUUUACAUUGGCCCUGCUUUCACUCGCUGGCGUGACACCCCCCGCCACCCUCUAACCAAACUCGUCAGUGCUGAUGAUUUCGGUUGGGGUUCAGCCCCACACUAAGCCACAUGGUUGCUAACUGUCAUAUGCUAUUAAUUAGCCACAACUAGAUUCAUUACCUUAUUACUAUUCAUCCUUCACACAGCCCCUGGAAACAGAAAUGUUGUUUAAUCCAUCUGCAGGCGACCAGGAGAUCAUGAGUUUACGACACUAUGUUGGUGUGCGCUGGUCCUCAUGGGAGAUGCAGUCUUCCUUAAGGCAAAACACUAACCCCUUUGUCCACCAGCAUCUCUAAAAUUGGCAAUAUUUUCCGUAAAUUCAACAUCAACUUUCACUGUUACACCGAUAACACCCAGCUCUACCUUACUUCCGAACCCUCCUCCUCUCUCCCGCCUACCUUCCUGACUGACUGUAUCACCGAAAUAAAAAACUGGCUCACCCAAAAUUUCCUCAAACUCAACACAGUAAAACCGAGGUGCUCCUCAUCGGCUCCAAAUCCACCAUAUCCAAAUACCAUAGCCAUCCCCUCACCACAGACAAUUCCACUGUUUCACCAUCCCACCAAGUUAAGAGCCUGGGUGUCAUCCUGGACAAUACACUCAUUUUUCAUUCACGCUGUACACAUCAAUAAUAUUACCCGGAUUGCCCACUACCACCUAUGCAUCAUCAACCGCCUCCGCCCCUCCGUCACCCCCCCCCAUUCUGCUGCCAUCCUGGUUCAUAGUCUUGUCACUUCCCGCCUGGAUUACUGCAACUCCCUCCUCUUUGGCCUCCCUCAAAAGACUACAUAAACUGCAACUGGUCCAGAAUUCAACCGCUCUCAUUAAAACCCGUACCCCAUUCAGCCACCACAUCACUCCAGUUCUCCACCAGCUCCAUUGGCUCCCGGUCCACUUCCAUAUCCAGUUCAAAGUUCUCCUCCUUAUAUUCAAGGCCAUCCACAACCUUGCCCCUCCCUACCUGUCUGACCUCCUCCAUAUUACAGUGCCCUCCCGUGCCCUUAGGUCCUCCACCUCCAUACACUUGUCCCCCUGCUCGCCUCAGCACCAUGGGGAGCAGAGCAUUCAGCCGCUCUGCUUUGGAACUCACUACCACCCGACUUAGCAACACAGACUCACUCCCCCUUUUUCAAUUGAAACUCA